AUGGGUGGAAGAAAUCAAACUCGAUCAAGAAGAUCAAAAAAGCCUUUCAUUCGGCAAGUUUGGGCUUCCAACUUCAAUUCAGAAAUAACAAAAUUUGAUGAAUGUCUUCGAUUUCACACAAUUCUUACCAUCGAUACUGAAUUCCCUGGCUUUAUCAUACAAUCUCCACGGGAUUCCAUUGAUGAAGAGAUUUACAAAAAUUUUCGUUUCAACGUAAACCAAAUGAAACUCAUUCAACUUGGUAUCACUGCUUCAAAUGAUUUUGGUCAAAUUGGCGGUUCAUGGGAGUUUAAUUUUUCUGAUUUCGACUUCCAAGUUGAUGCUCAUUCUCCUUCUGCCAUUCCAUUUUUAGAAAAGAAUGGUUUGGAUUUUAAAAAACUGAAGAAAUAUGGAAUACCCAUUGCUUCAUUCACUAAAAAAUUCUUACCUAUCAUUCAAAAACGUGACAUCUUUCGAUGGGUCACUUUCCAUGGCUUGUAUGACAUAGGGUAUCUCAUCAAAGCAAUGGGGUUAAUCACAGUGUUGCCAAAAUCAAUGGAAGAAUUUGCAACGUUGGUUGUUAACGAAGUUGGAAUUGUAAGAGAUUUGAAGCAUAUGGCUAGAUUCUGUGAAGGACUAGAAGAUGGAAGACUUGGACUUGAAAGAUUAGGAAAAAUAUUGAAUAAAAAACGAUUCGGAAUGAAACAUAACGCUGGAUCAGAUAGCUUGCUUACAGCAUCUGCACAUUUUGAGAUGGUGAAAAGAUUCAGAAUGACUUAUGAAGUUUGUAAUGGAUUUUUGUAUGGUUUUUCAGAAUCGCUUGAAUCCAUGAAGAUGAAGAUGAAGAUUUAUCAUCACAACAUUCUUAGGUUAGGUCAAAUUCCACAUUUUCCUUAUACACCUUCUUGUAUUAUUUCCCAUUAA